CGGUGAGGUGACCCUCCCAAACGGAGCUUUGCAUGUUCAUUUCCAUGCGUUCUAUUCAUGGAGGUAGUCCUGUUCAGACCCACUCGACAGUCCCACACACUGGCAGAGUGCGCGGCAAGCAGAUCCUGAACACCCGGAGUGGCAAAGAUGGCCAUAAAGGUAGAUUUUGUUGCUUUGCCAAGGAACCUGUUGAAGAUGUUACAGUUUGGAGCGAGUCGAUCGAAAAGCUACUGGAGUCCCCAGCUGGUUUGCAUGCCUUCACGGAGUUCCUGAAGUCCGAGUACAGUGAGGAAAACAUUAUGUUCUGGCAAGCUUGUGAGGAAUACAAGAAGAUCUCAUGCAGGACGGAAAUGACGUGUGAGGCCAAUAGGAUCUACUCUGAGUUUGUACAAACGGAGGCUCCCAGGCAGAUCAACAUCGACUGUAAGACUCGAGCGACAAUAUCAAAAAAGAUCGCAGAGCCUGACAUGGCCACCUUCGACUUGGCCCAAGCUCUGAUCUACAGGCUCAUGACGAGGGACUCUUACCCGCGGUUUUUAAAAUCUGACAUCUACCAAGGGUUGCUGCAGAAAUGAGGCCACACCUGCCUUCUUCUUAAUGUCUUUCAUUAAGAGUGUGUUUGGUUCCCAGGUAAAUGCACGUACAUGUUCGUUCAGGCUGAACCGCUUGAGUUCCCAUGGAGUUCUACUAUAAAAAGCCACUCUCAAUAGGCCAUUUGGAACUGAGGAACUAAAUGCUCUUCAUUAUAGAUUAUAGUGAUUUACUCAAUAUGUCAGUAUAGUGCCCUUUACCAAAAAAAACUCAAUUUCAGCGACCACAGACAUCCAUAUUAGAGACCUAAAUAAACCACUAGUGAUGUGCAGCGAUUCUUAAAAGUUUGUUCACUGAGACAUGUGACAGAAUUUCCUUAAGAUGUUGUAUUGUUAAAAAAAAAAUAUAAAAUAAUAAAACUUGAGUCUUACCACCCGAGCCCAUAAUAUACUGUUAUGUGUACUUUCUUACAACGUUAUCAUGUACGUAAGCUUUCUAAGUAUGUAAGGAUCUACAACGCUAUUGAAAAUUGAAACGCCAAACUAUUAGCUAAGUCAAAAAUCAACUAGAAAUAUGCUGUAGUGCUUCAAAAUCCGACAUAUCCGACAUUUACAAAGUCAGGUACAUUGUAAAAGUCAGAAUAGCACCGAUUGACAAAUUUUUCAAGCAAAUGUAGCUAGCUUUUGCUUGUACAUGAAAGAGUAACUAGCUAGCCAACUUAGGAUGACAAUUUUUUGUGUACAGCUAGACAAAAAAAAAAAAGGCAGAUAGUCUAGAUUGAUUGAAGUUGUCAAAUAAAUAGUUAGAGAAAACUGGCUAGCGAUCUCUUAAGUAGCUAGGAAACGUAGCUGAUUCAAACUUUUAACAUAGUUUUUCCCAUGGAUAUAUACAAUCUUGAAAUUUCUGACACAUGGAUAAAAAUUAGCUUAAGUUGAUGCAGGAAAAUGUAGCGCAAAACUUACAGCUACAUUUUUUUCGGGAUUACAAACGUACGUCACAUGGUCUAGGUCUGUAAUAUGUGUUUCUGUGAAUACACCCCAAUUGAAUGAUUGAUCAUAUCAACAAUGUGCUAACGUAAACUCACCAUCGAUCUCACUAUUACCUGGUAACUAGCGCACUUUAAGGAAAUGUAAUUGAGAGUGUAUUGCAUAUCAAAACUGGCAAACAUCACUCUGUGGACCGUUAUAUUGUACAGAAACUUGCAGGUUGCUGCACAUUGUAUUAGUUUGCGAAGUAGAAUAAGGUUGUAGUCAAGUUUGUGGUGUGGUCAUCUUUUAAGUAUAACAAGCGUAAGGGUUUUUUUUUAACAUGCUUUUGUUUGACUUUUUUUUUUCUAAUAAAUAUGUGUAUAUAUGUGUGUGGCGGCCUGAGAAAACACUUUACAUGGCGAAAUUUUGAGUUUUUACAAGAUUUGCUUAACUAAACUGGUUUCUCUUUUGCAUGUAUAUCAAUCAGAAGUACAUUUCUAACAUUUUAAAAUGUAAAAUAAACCCUUAAAAAUGUAACAUUUACUGAGGAAAUCAGUCAUUUCCAUGCCAUUUCAAUGAAAUCUAUUUAAAUUUGAGGUGUCAAACUAUGGUACAGGUUGAAAAUCCCAAUUCUGGCCAGCUGAUGGGUUUUCCCAGGCCACCACACAUAUGGUAAAUUGCUUAUUUGCGUGGAUACGGUACACAUAUAAAAAGUCAUCUACAUACCACAUGCGAAAUUAUAUAGCAGUCUUUUUUAUUAUUAUUAUUAUAAUUAUUAUGAAAUAGCUGUAAAACAUCAUGUACUGUAUAAGUAUACAAUUGCGCAAUCAAAUGUUGUCAUGCCAUGAGUAGUAAAAAUUUUGGAUUAUUAAAAUUAAAAAAAAAAAAAUUUGCCCAAAGAAAGCUGAUGCUUUGUGUGAUGUGAGUUAUUGAUAUAUGAUGUUAGCUUAAAAAAAAAAAAAAAAAAGAGGUUUCAUCAGAAUCUCAUUUCCUUUUACCUUGGGAUACUUUUUGGUGUUUUCUCAGAAGAGAAUGUACAGCGUACUCUCUUGGAAUUGCCCUUGCAAAUAAAAGUACCUUGUAACUAAA